AUGACCGUAAGUUUUUAUGAAAUAUUUCUAGCAACAGUAGUGUGUUCAAUCUUUACUGUCGUGAUUUAUAUAACUUCUUGGUUAACGUAUGAAGAAAAUGACGAAGAAAAGUUUAACGAGUGCAAUUCGUCAAAUAUGCAAGGACUAGAAAACGAUAAACCAAUACCUCACGGUGAGCCAAAAGAAAUACUCAAUUUCGAAUCCGAAACACAUCUUCUAAGUCCAAAUCAACACCCAUCGGGUAUAAUAGUAAAUGAAAAAUCAGAUAUAUUGUGUUUACAAGAUGAAGUCCUACGUUCACAAAUUGCUAAAAAUCAAGCCGGUGUUUCGGAUGCGUCCGAUGAUCACGAGAACGUUACUACUGAAACUAAUACUGUAGAUCAAUGUGAUCCAGUCGUACAUGCAGAUGCAAGAGCUGCCCGUUUACGGUUAUUGAUUCGAUAUGAUGGCGAACGAAGUAAAUUAAUUGUUCAAGUUCUCGAUGGUCAAGGUUUGAUUCCACCUGAACUGGAUUAUGCACCUGAAAUGUGUCUGAAAUUUACAUUAGUUGGACCUCAUGUGAAUGAAACUACUGUAGAAAAACAUACAAGAAUUUUCGUUGCCAAUGAUGCUGUUAUAUGGAAAGAGCCGAUGACAUUUUGCGUCACAUUUGAGAAUGCAAUCAAACAAAAUCUAUAUAUUUUCACAGCUAAUCGAUCAGAUCCUGCAGCAUCUUAUGACCAUGAUAUAUCAAUUCCAUUGAGUAAGCUUGCUAGCCAAGAUAGUGAAAUCAAAGAAUGGUUCACCUUGGAAGUCGUUGAGUCAUCUUAUUAA